GUUGUUGAUGGGCUCUACCUGGGAAAUAUCAGAGGUGAGAACAAGAUUCUGUUGAAAUCCAUUGUUGUUUUAUAUGUUGCACAGUCUGGAAUCCCACCCAAGAGGCAACACUCACUCUAAUUCACUAGGUGUGGCAGCAGCAGCUGGCUUGAAUCCAGGGCAGUUUUCAAAGAGACUCCGGCAUUUUCUUCUGUUAUUGAUGCACAUGAGCUGAACUUUCUCUGUCCUUGUGUUGUUAUAAUGUUGUUGAUACGUUACUUGCAAGGUAUGGUCAAAUGUUACAAGGGAAGAGAUAACAAGAAUAUCCAGUGGGUGGACUAUAGCUAUGUAUAGAUCAAAGUAGAGUAGCAGAAGGUUAUACAUGUACUGUAGCUCAAUGAACUAAGGCAUGGCCUGAAUGAAGGCUGCUACAUGCAUCAUACUUUAUCCAUCAGUAGAAUAUGGCAUAUUUACUCCAUCUCGUAGUGUUGGUGAUUUAUCAACAGACAAGUCACAGAAUGUUUAAGGCACAUUUUACAUCAUGCACAAUAUUGGGCAAUAUUUCUGCUCCUCAGCCAAGGGGGUUUCUGCCCUACCAGCUUAAUGUGACAUCUACCAUGCUCUAAUUUUAGCCAUACUGAUGAUGGCUUAACAAGAUGGUCCAAGUACUGCUCUCACACUGAAAAUAGCUCAAAGUGACAAGGCCAAAUGAUCGCUACCCAAAUUACAGCCACACAGUCACUGAUGCUGCUUCUGGGCAAGCCAGGGAUGAACCUGUGUCUUAAACACUUCAAAUAAUGCAUUUCCUCUCUCUCCUUUGGCAUUGGUUUGUCUCCACUGAGGCUCUCAUAGAAAUUCACUGAGAAGAAUCACUGAUAGACAUUUUCUUCCUCCCUUCGUCUUUCCCCAGACUCGGAGAACAGAGAGAGUUUGUCCCAGAACAACAUCACCCACAUCCUGUCUGUGUACAACAAUGCUAAACCUGUGCUGGAGGUGAGUGGGGCAGGCGGCCAUAGAAGACACAAGGCCGGUUUCACAGACAUAGACUGAAUACAUUGUUGUGUCUUGAGUAGGCUGGAGUAGGCUUCAUUCUGGUUUAGUUGGUCAAGAACUGAAAAUGUGAUUUCAUGACCAGUGACUAUAACCUUGAAUACCAUGUCUUACAUGAGUCAAACUUAUAAACGUUAAUUAUUAUUAACUUCCUCAUACUCAGUCAGUGAAUGUGGGAUUUUGUCUCAAAUUCUAGAGAGAUGUCUAAUAACUUUUUUGCUCAGUAUUCAGUUCCUUGAUUUGAUUCAUAGGAAUUGCGAAGUGUAACCAAAUCCGUACAGUAUGACAUAAUUUUGUAAAAGUCGAAAACAUAGAUUUUGUAGUACACAGUUGAAGCCAGCUGGGGGUAGAGGUGUCUCACGCUUCAAUAAAUACCAGUGACAUUGGGCUGUAGAACUUUAGACAAAACUUUAACUGUUCAUUAGAGCACUUCACUCUACUUGAAGCAUCGUAUUUGUAUUUAUUUUACCUCUGUGGUUCAUUUAUAAUACUCAGUUGAGUAUGUGUGUGUAUUUACUUGACUCAUCCAACAACAAUGUGCAGUUGAUGACCACACACUUUUCCUACUAAUUACUGUUUCAAACAAUGGAAAAAAAUACAAGAAAGCUAAUUUUCAGAAAGUGAAUGAUAUACCGCUGGUAAACUAUACUGUGACCACAUGUUCCCACGGGGGGCCAGUAUGAAAAAUUAAAAAUAAUGUAUGCACUCACUAACUGUAAGUCGCUCUGGAUAAGAGCGUCUGCUAAAUGACUAAAAUGUAAAUGUAAUGUAGAUGGUAUGUGUUGUGUGCAGAACAAAACUGACCCUUGUGUUGUGUUUGUACUCCUAUCUGUUUACCUCUCACAGGACAUGACCUACCUGUGUAUCCACGCAGCUGAUGCGUCUAGCCAGAACCUGUGAGUUACCACGCACGCACGCACACCAUUCAUUGUCAAACAAAUCCACCAACACAAGCCACUCCACUGUGUACCAUCGUCAGAGGUCCCUCUUUUCUUCCUGUGAACAAUACAUGACUCAUAUGUCAUAUUGUUUCAACAUUCAUCAGUUGAACUUAGGUCUUCAGUUUGUGGCUCCAGGGUGACACACAAGCAGGAAAGUAGAUUAGUCACUUUGUCGUUGAAACAAAUGAAAUAAGCCUGGAAGUCUUUUAAGGGUUCAUACAGUAUGUGUCAGGUAGAGAUAAACAAGGUACCUACAGUAUCAAGUCAGAGACCAAAACAGUAAAAAACACUAAGGCCUGAUAAUCUAAAGGACUCUGAGAUGCAGACAUCUCAGUUUGACUUGUCUGGCUUUGCUAUCAGAGCAGGAAAGAGUGUGGAGACGGUGCAGUAUUUAAAUGGCUGUAGUUUUAUAUAGACCCCAUCACCACUGUGUGAAAUGAGCUCCUAGAUAGACUGCUGCUGCUUCACGUGUGUUAUCAAGUCCCCCUCUUUCAUUAUAGCAGCAGACCAAAACGUUUACUUCUCUGUCUCUAAGCUGCUCUCAUGUUUGGUGGGUCGCCAUUGGCAUACUACCAUUUAGUAUAAAUACUGAAAAUGUUAUAAAACAAGUUGCAGAAAUGUAACAGUUGAAAAAAAAAAUAAUCAGGGGUUGAAACCGAAAUUAUUUUCCAAUGGUUUCAGAACCACUCUUUUUUUCGUUCAGUUCCACUGUUCCGACCAUCAAAAUAAAGUUCAGAACCGGUUCGAACCCCCAAAAAGUACCGGUUUAUAUUGUUCCUUUCUGUUCCUUUUUUAACCUGUGAAAUCUACCGUUUUUUACAUUUAGCUCAUUCAAUUACUUCACCAAUCAGUGCGGAUAGAGCAGGCAAGCUAGUUGUUUACAUGCGUGAUGGACAGACAAGUGUAGCCUGUUGCGCAAGAUGUGACUGAAAUUCUACGAGUGGGGAGAGAGCAAGAGAGGGUUAUGGAGCAGGCUUGAAGCGCUAGGCAUGUUGUUAUGACAUGCAUUAUCUGAACUAGGUCCACAGAAUUAUACAGUAACUAGGCCUAUAAUAUUCUUAACUAGCAUUGAAAAAGCUAAUAAAACAUCUCUCUCCCCAUCUUCUCACGCUUCUAAUGUCAGUACAGAAGGGGGAGGGGCAGGUAACCUAAACAUGCACAUACAUCUGUAAAGAUUUUCAGCUUGCAGGCAGAAGCUGGAAUACAUUUCCGAGUGACAGAGGCGCUUUGUUGCGUUUUUUUGUGGGACUAGAAAAAAAUGCCUGGAAUGUAAAAUAGUGUUAUUAACCGGUUUCCAUGCUUUUAAAAUAGUGGUUCUGUUCUGGAACAGUAUGGACCACUUUCGUUCCCCGUUCCGUUUCUGUUCCUUGAAAAAUGUCAUUAUUUUCAGGUUUUCGGUUCUGUUCCCUGAACCGGUUUCCAACCCCUGAAAAUAAUCAUACAAAUGUUGUAACAAUGUGAGACGAGAAUCAUUUAAGUAGGAAGGGACUCCGACUCUAGUGUUGUGGUGGUCAUUGGAGACAUGUCUUUCAUGUCACUUGAUUACACAUUGUGGUUAUUUGAAAAUAAAUGUAGUGUCAGAGUUCCCCUACCAUCAUAUGCUAACCCUGUGAUGUCUCUCCAAGUGACUUGACAGCUGAGGGUAGAGUCCCUGUAGCACUGUGAGGGUUCUCCUCAGCUCUGCUCUGCUCUGUGUGGGUGUCCUUCCUUCCACCCAUGCCAUUAUCACUUUCACAUUCAGUCUUUAGUAGAGUUGAAUAUUUUCAGGGUAUUUAAAAAAUGUUCCAUCCCAAGAAUUAAUCACUUCUCUCCCAGGCACCCGGUAUUUCCCGCCAAAACCGGAAGUGUCAUUCCAAAGCAUAUAAAACAUAUACACUGAGUGUACAAAACAUUAGGAACACCUUCCUAAUAUUGAGUUGCUCCCCCUUUUGCCCUCAGAACAACCUCAAUUCAUCGGGGCAUGGACUAUACAAGGUGUCGAAAGCGUUCCCCAGGGAUGCUGGCACAUGUUGACUCCAAUGCUUUCCACAGUUGUGUCAAGUUGGCUGAAUGUCCUUUGUGUAGUGAACCAUUCUUGAUACACACAGAAAAUUGUUGAGCGUGAAAAACCCAGCAGCGUUGCAGUUCUUGACAUACUCAUACCGGUGCACCUGGCACCUAAUAUGAUACCCCGUUCAAAGGCAGUUAAAUAUUUUGUCUUGCCCAUUCACCCUCUGAAUGGCACACAUACACAAUCCAUGCCUCAAUUGUCUCAAAGCUUAAAAAAUCAACCUGUCUCCUCCCCUUCAUUUACACUGAUUGAAGUGGAUUUAACAAGCAACAUCAUUAAGGGAUGAUAGCUUUCACUUGGAUUCACCUGGUCAUUCUAUGUCAUGGAAAGAGCAAUGCGUAAGUAUGUCUGGAUUUGAUUAGAGCUUUGAUCGGCAUGAAAAUUCAAGCCUGAUGCUAUCUGAGCCUGAUGAGCAAUACAUUGAAGACAUUUUAUGAGCUCUGCAUUAAAUACAUUUUAUGAGCAUAAGCCCAAAAAAGCCCAAAUGAUUGUGUCGUUAUCCAAUACAUAGCCUAUGAUAUAGGCUACCGUACAUUACGUAGGACAUAAAAACAUAAAAGCCCAUAGAUGUAGCUAUGCUCUCUUGGGUAAAUAAAUGAAACAAGCUCCAGUAAUCUUUUUGAGUUUGGACUGUAUUACUGUACUGUAUUGUAUUAUACUGUAUUAUAUGGACUAGAAUUACGCACCUCGUUCAAACCAUGAAGCUGGGAGAGAACAUGUGUUGCUGGUGCAGGACAUGCAGCCUACAAAGUUACAAUUGUAGGCUAGCGAAUUUGAUUUUAAUUUUGAAAUAUAAUAGGGACUAUUAUUAGGGCUGUGGCUGUCAUGAAAUUUAGUCAGCUGGUGAUUGUCAAGCGAAUAACUGCCGGUCUCUCGGUAAUUGACCGUUAAUUAACAUAAACACAUUUAGCAUCUCCAGGCUUCCACACAUAGCCUACUGUGAUGAGUGUGAUUAGAAGGAGUCAGGCGCAGGAGGGUAAAUCACCGAAUAAAGAGUUUAUUCCGUCGUACACAGUUGCGCUGGAUAGCGACAACAAGAUACAGGCACAGGGGAAUAAUCUACCCCGGCAAUACAAGGUACGAGUAGCUCCACCGAGCUACACUCAACUCACAUUAAACAAUCCCCCACAAGGACAAGGGGGCAGAGGGAACACUUAUACACGGACUAAUGAGGGGAUAUGAACCAGGUGUGUGUAAUUGACAAGACAAGACGAAUGGAAUUAUGAUAUAAGGAGUGGCAGUGGCUAGUAAUGACGAACGCCGAAGCCUGCCCGAAUAAGGAGGGAAGGCAUCCUCGCCGGAAGUCGUGACAGUACCUGAAGGCCCCCCAGAUCGGGUUCUCUCCUCUCCAGGCGUUGGACGACCUGAAGAACCCGAUCCAUCACUUCCCCCAAGCUGGCCAGCAUCGUGGAAUGCUCCUGGACCCGUGCCACAACUCCAAGCAUGCGCUCCUCUCCCGCUGACUCCAUAGCGGGUGGGUGAUUCUGUGAUGAGUGUGAUUAGAAGGAGUCAGGCGCAGGAGGGUAAAUCACAGAAUACAGAGUUUAUUCCGUCGUACACAGUUGCGCUGGAUAGCGACAACAAAAUACAGGCACAGGGGAAUAAUCUACCCCGGCAAUACAAGGUACGAGUAGCUCCACCGAGCUACACUCAACUCACAUAAAACAAUCACCCACAAGGACAAGGGGGCAGAGGGAACACUUAUACAUGGACUAAUGAUGGGAUAUGAACCAGGUGUGUGUAAUUGACAAGACAGGACAAAUGGAAUGAUGAUAUAUGGAGUGGCAGUGGCUAGUAAGCCGAUGAUGACGAACGCCGAAGCCUGCCCGAACAAGGAGGAGAGGCAGCCUCGGCAGAAGUCGUGACACCUACAAGCAACUGAUGCAGACCUUUGGAACAUCUACAUUUUAAAAAGUCUAAUAAAUCCAUGUAAUUUAGCCUACACCAUCACAAUAAAUCCAUUAUUUAUUUUAGACAGGUCUAAAGAAACAUGAUAUGAAGAAAAUGUAGUCUAUUUCAGAUGAACAGAAUAGCAUACUCUGACUAGUCCUUAUGUUAGGCCCUGAUCUGGCUAUGGCAUAUGGCUAUGGGUUACACUAGUUCAUUUAGCAGACAAGAUUUGCUUGGAAUUCCAUGGCAUUAUUUUAUAUAAUUUUAUAGCAUGAAGAAUACAAUUGAACAUAGCUGAAUAAAAUAGGAUAUUCUUUCCAAACGAUUUGAGGGAGUGCGCACAUGCGGCUAUUCUGUGUUGAGCGGUUAACAAAGGAACAGGUACUCCUAUAUGCUUAAUUUAGAGUUAUUUAUGUAACUUUAGUUGUGAUACAAAUGUUGGGCUAUAUGUUUUGAUUUUUAAUACAUUUAAUACAUUCUAAUGAUGCAACUCUAAUGAUGAUUUGAAAAAAGUUGCAUGGAAGGCAUGAGCUCUGCUUAGUUUUUUGCGCAGACUGUACACACUUCAUCAGUCUCUCAUUCACAAUUUGACAAGCACUUGAUAAUGCCUCAGGGACAGUGGCAGGAGGGGAGUUUGACUGGGGCAGUACACCUGUCAAACGGUAACGCAGGUGUCCUAAGGCGAGCUCAGGAUGGACAGAAACCUCCCGUGGAGCAGAAGGGCAAAGGUGCAUUUUAUGGUGAAAAUUAUCUUCCCAAAACUUGAAACUCAAGCGCUUCGUAUGUAUGCCAGUUAGGCUCUACACCCAUUGUAAAGUGGAAUAAUGUGCACAUUUUAAGAAGUUAUUUGGCCACUUUAGUUGUGAUACAAACCUUAUCAAAACAUAUAGGCCUAUGGGCUAGGCUACAUGACUAUGAUUUGAAAAAGUCACACAAAAAAAGGUAUGCGCUGUUUCUUGACUUAAGCUGGGCAUCAUUUACAAGUGAUAAUAUAUCAUUCACAAGUGAUAGGCUAAUAGUCACCCAUCAGACAAUUCUUGAUUUAAAUACAAAAUAAUAUAUGUGUGAAAUUUGUUUUGAUUUAGUGUGGACCAUUGUCAUGCACCUGUCUCGAAACAGGGGCAGGGGAGCAAAAUACAUGUAAUCUAUGCACUUAAAUAGCGAAGGGAGGACGCUUUUCCUGUGGUUCAUUUUCAUGCCAGCCAGGUAGGCUAUACUCCUGUUGUAAAGAGAAGCAAUGUGCUUCAUAUUAGGAAAGUUGAGAAAUAAAUAUAGUAAGUCUGGCCUAUAGAAAGCUGAUGGGAUCCUCCUCUUUUUAAUGGAGGCCAUCACUCUGUUUUCUCACGCAAUUGCAUAGCCUGUAGAAAUGUUGCGCAACAUGAGUGUUUGAUUAGAUUUUCAAAUACAUUUCCAUUGAUGUCAGAGUGAUUAGAGAGACCAUAGAGUGCUGAGUACCAAACAGUUAGCAAGUUUGGUAGGCUACUAAUGACCAUCAGCAGCAUCAGAGCUUGGAGAAGCCUAAUUACCGUGACUAAACGGUCACCUGGAAUUUGACUGCCGUCAUGACUCGUGACCACCGGUGUGGCGGUAAUAUGGUCACCAUAACAGCCCUAAUAUACAUUUCUAUAAUUUGUAGGCUGACGCAUAUAUACCUUUCAUAAGGUGUGUAUUGCGCAAGAGACAGAGGCUAUAAAUUAGAAGCUUAUACAUAACCCAUCAUUCAUUAGCUAAAUAUAAGGCUAGUACUGCAUUGGAUUUAUUUCCUGAAAGAGGUAAGCUCGGACAUACAGUACUUUUCCAACAGUCUUGAAGGAGUUCCCACAUAUGCUGAGCACUUGUUGGCUGCUUUUUCUUCACUCUGCCGUCCGACUCAUCCCAGACCAUCGCAAUUGGGUUGAGGUCGGGGAUUGUGGAGGCCAGGUUAUCUGAUGCAGCACUCCAUCACUCUCCUUCUUGGUCAAACAGCCCUUACACAGCCUGGAGGUGUGUUUGGUCAUUGUCCUGUUGAAAAACAAAUUAUAGUCCCACUAAGCGCAAACCAGAUGGGAUGGCGUAUGGCUGCAGAAUGCUGUGGUAGCCAUGCUGGUUAAGUGUGCCUUGAAUUCUAAAUAACUCACCGACAGUGUCACCAGCAAAGCACCCCCACACCAUCACACCUCCUCCUCCAUGCUUCACGUGGGAACCACACAUGCAGAGAUCAUCCGAUCACCUACUCUGCGUCUCACAAAGACACGGCAGUUGGAACCAAAAAUCUCAAAUUUGGACUCAUCAGACCAAAGGACAGAUUUCCACCGGUCCAAUGUCCAUUGCUUGUGUUUCUUGGCCCAAGCAAGUCUUUUCCGUAUUGACUGACCUUCAUGUCUUAAAGUAAUGAUGGACUGCCAUUUCUCUUUGCUUAUUUGAGCUGUUCUUUCCAUAAUAUGGACUUGGUCUUUUACCAAAUAGGGCUAUCUUCUGUAUACCAUCACUACCUUGUCACAACACAACUGAUUGGCUCAAACGCAUUAAGAAGGUAAUAAAUUCCACAAAUUAACUUUUAACACACCUGUUAAUUGAAAUGCAUUCCAGGUGACUACCUCAUGAAGCUGGUUGAGAGAAUGCAAGAGUGUGCAAUGCUGUCAUCUGGUACCUAUGACCUGCACCAUCUGUUGAGUUUGUUCUGUGUCCUCUGUCCACAUUAAUUACUGCUCAUUACAUUAGUAUUGUAGCACGCUGUGUAGCGCAGUAAGGAUAACUACCAGGGUGGAAUGUCCUACCCUGCUUUUCAUACCUGGACAGAAACACCCUGUCUGCCAGUCAGUCAGAAAGACAGACAGACACUAGUGUUAAAGACAUGCUCCGUAACUUUGGCGACUAGUACUUUUUUUUUUAACCUCCCGCAAGCAGAUCAUAACUCAGUCAGUCUUUCAAUCACUUGUCUUCUCAGAGGAAAAUAAGAAGGCGAGAGAUGAUAAUGAUGAGGGUGGUUGGUUGGAGGUUGCGGAUGAGGGGAGGAGGGGAUGUUGUUGUUGGGUUGGGGGCCCUCUGACCCCCAUGUCGCAACAAACUGGUCUGCAGGCAGCAGGAAGGAAGCCUUGCUGUGACAUCCUGCUGUGCCUCGGUCACCAGGCCUAUUAUAGUCCCUCUGUCACAAUCCCUAGGCUGGGAAAACAGGACUAACGGUUGCCCCGCAUGUUUCAUCACGUCCCCCUGUCCCCCGCUCCUAGAGACCAGGCCAGGGACUGACAUGGCUAGGGGCCCUAGGGGCUAGGACUGGGGGCCUCUAUCUGUGAGCUCCUGAUGAGUCUCUGAGAGUGUGUGAAAUUAUUGUGGUAGGAUGCUGACCUGACCCCCACUUCAUGUUGUUUUAUUAAACACUCAAGAACCAAGAAUUAGAAUCAGGUGGACAUGUCCUAUAUAUUCAGUUACCAGAUAUCACAAAACUAAAGCACCACAGAGUCUUUGUUUGGAUACAGCCAUAAACUGUAUUUUGAAAGUACCAUACAGUUUGCCGCUGUCCUUCAUUUGUGAAUAUACACUGAGUGUACCAAACAUUAGGAACACCUUCCUAAUAUUGAGUUGCACCCACCCCCGGUCCUUUUUCCCUCAGAAAAGUCUCAAUUCGUCGGGGCAUGGACUCUACAAGGUGUCGAAAGCAUUCCACAGGUAUGCUGACCCAUGUUGACUCCAAUGCUUCCCACAGUUGUGUCAAGUUGGCUGAAAGUCCUUUGGGUGGUGGACCAUUCUUGAUACACACGAGAAACUGUUGAGCGUGAAAAACCCAGCAUCGUUGCAGUUCUUGACACAAACCGGUGCGCCUGGCACCUACUACCAUACCCAUUUCAAAGGCACUUAAAUAUGUUGUCUUGCCCAUUCACCCAUGGCACACAUACACAAUCCAUGUCUCAAGGCUUAAAAACUAUUAUUUAACCUGUCUCCUCCCCUUCAUCGACACUGAUUGAAGUGGAUUUAACAGGUGACCAUAGAUUUCACCUGGAUUCACCUGGUCAGUCUAUGUCAUGGAAAGAGCAGGUGUUCUUAAUGUUUUGUAAACUCAGUGUAAGAUCCUAAUUCUUUUUUUGUUUUCAUUUGGAGUUCAGCCUUUCAAAACACCAAAUAAUCACCACAUAAUACAUUUCUGCACAUUUAACAAGAUAGCCGGAAACCGCUGACCAGAAAGAAUUAGAAAAGUGCUGAGGAGACAUCUUUCAGCAAGAGUUUGGCUCCAAGUGAGGAGGGAACGUGCAAUCCAUCUAUUUUAGCCCCUGUCUGUUGAGUGGAUUGGGUAACCAAGCAGCCUUUGCUGUUAGAGGACAAUCCUCCCCACCAUGUGACUCUCCUAUUGCACAAUGCUUCACUACUAUUUCCAAUAGUGUUUGGAGUGGUAGUCAUACACCAACACCAAAACACGGAUCAAGUCACAGUAUAGGGUAGACGGAGGGAGAACAUUAGUUGGGGUAUGCUGUAUUGAUCUACAUGAAAAGAUGAUCUCUAAAGAUGGAAUGAUAGUGGUUGUAAUGUCCAGGAGGGAAGCAGUAUAGGAGUCCCCUAUACUCUCAUUACCUCACAGUCCAAAAAAGGUGCAUGAAUUGACAAACCAACGGGUAGUGAGAGAGAUAUUAUGACUUUCUUGGAUGACAAUGAAAGUUGAGUAGAAAAUACUUCUAGGUUCUCCUAGUAGUGUCCAGUGGAGAGUGCUACUAAACAAGACAACUGUAUAGGGGAGAUCACUUCCACCACCACCUCGAGAGUAAGCUACCCAUUCCUUCCCCCUCCAUAACAUCGUUAUGCGUCUUUUCCUACUAGCACUGACUUUGUUGAUAACUACUUUGUUUAUGAAAAAUUUACUAAUGCACUAAUGUAAGUCGCUCUGGAUUAGAGCAUCUGCUAUAUGACUAAACUGUCAAAUUUGCCCUGGGACAUCCCAGUGAUGUGAUGAUUGGACACAGAUACAUGGUUACUUGGGUAUCAGACAGGACAGGUAUCUAUCUGGACAUCAUGACUGAGAUUAAACGGAUUGAAGGAACGUGCUGUGCAGAGAUGGAAUCCAGAUGACUUUUACACCUUAGUUUCACUUCUUCCUGUUCUUUCUCAUAUCCCAUAAAAUCUGAACUGAAAUCUAUUUAUAGAUCUGGUCUCACCUAGGGCUGUGGCGGUCAUUAUAUUUUGUCAGCCGGUGAUUGUCAAGCAAAUUACUGCCGGUUCCACGGUAAUUGACUGUUAAUUAACAUAAACACAUUUGAGCUUCUCCUGGCUUCCACACAUAGCCUACAAGCCACUGAUGCAGACUUUUGGAACAUCUACAUUUAAAAAAGUCUAAUAAAUCCAUGUAAUAUAGCCUACACCAUCACAAUAAAUCCAUUAUUUAUUUUAGACAGGUCUAAAGAAACAUGAUAUGAAGAAAAUGUAGUCUAUUUCAGAAGAACAGAAUAGCAUACUCUUAGUUGUUCUUAUGUUAGGCCCUGAUCUGGCUAUGCCAUAUUGGUGUGGGCUACACUAGUUCAUUUAGUAGACAAGAUUUGCUUAGAAUUCCGUGGCAUUAUUUUAUAUAAUUUCAUAGCAUGAAGAAUACAAUUGAACAUAGCUGAAUAAAAUAGGAUAUUCUCUCCAAACGAUUUGAGGGAGUGUGCAUAUGCGGCUAUUUUGUGUUGAGCGGUUAACAAAGAAACAGGUACUCCUGUAUGCUUAAUUUAGAGUUAUUUAUGUAACUUUAGUUGUGAUACAAAUGUUGGGCUAUAUGUUUUGAUUUUUAAUACAUUCUAAGGCUGCAUGAUGGGACUCAAAUUAUGAUUUGAAAAAAGUUGCAUGAAAGGCAUGAGCUCUGUUUUGUUUUUUGCGCAGUCUGUACACACUUCAUCAGUCUCUCAUUCACAAUUUCACAAGCACAUGAUAAUGCCUCGAAAUUCCCAGCAGCAUCCCCUUUGUGUGGCUGAAAUGCCCCCUAAAAAAAUCCAUGUAUUUUUGGCCAGUGGCCGUUGUGCCCUUGGGCUGAAUAUAAUAAUUAUAAUUCCCUUCUCCUGGCUGCGCGCUCCGAAGCACCUCUCAAUCACAUGGCUCUCCAUCACGUGAUUGGGUCUUUCUCAAAGGCUACGGUACCAGUCAAAGGUUUGGACACACCUACUCAUUCAAGGGUUUUUCUUUAUUUUUACUAUUUUCUACAUUAGAAAAUAAUAGUGAAGACAUCAAAACUAUGAAAUAACACUUAUGGAAUCAUGUAGUAACCAAAAAAGUAUUAAACAAAUCAAAAUAUAUUUUAGAUUUGAGAUUCUUCAAGUAGCCACCCUUUGCCUUGAUGACAGCUUUGCACACUCUUGGCAUUCUCUCAACCAGCUUCACCUGGAAUGCUUUUCCAACAGUCUUGAAGGAGUUCCCACAUAUACUGAGCACUUGUUGGCUGCCUUUCCUUCACUCUGCGCACCGACUCAUCCCAAACCAUCUCAAUAAGGAAUCAUAGUUAAGGGAUCAUAAUUUGGUUGAGGUCGGGGGAUUGUGGAGGCCAGGUCAUCUGAUGCAGCACUCCAUCACUCUCCUUCUUGGUAAAAUAGCCCUUACACAGCCUGGAGGUGUGUUGGGUCAUUGUCUUGUUGAAAUACAAAUGAUAGUCCCACUAAGCCCAAACCAGAUGGGAUGGCGUAUCGCUGCAGAAUGCUGUGGUAGCCUUGCUGGUUAAGUGUGCCUUAAAUAAAUCACAGACAGUGUCACCAGUAAAGCAUCCCCACACCAUAACACCUCCUCCUCCAUGCUUUACGGUGGGAACUAAACAUGCGGAGAUCAUCCGUUCACUCACACAGCGUCUCACAAGACACGGCAGUUGGAACCAAAAAUUGCCAAUUUGGACUCCAGACCAAAGGACCGUGUUCGUGCUCGUGUUUCUUGGCCCAAGCAGGUCUCUUCUUCUUAUUGGUGUCCUUUAGUAGUGGUUUCAACCAUGAAGGCCUGAUUCACACAGUCCCUUCUGAACAGUUGAUGUUGAGAUGUGUCUGUGACUUGAACUCUGUGAAGCAUUUAUUUGGGCUGCAAUUUCUGAGACUGGUAACUCUAAUGAACUUAUCCUCUGCAGCAGAGGUAUCUCUGGGUCUUCCAUUCCUGUGGCGGUCCUCAUGAGAGCCAGUUUCAUCAUAGCGCUUGAUGAUUUUUGCGACUGCACUUGAAGAAACUUUCAAAGUUCUUGAAAUGUUCCGUAUUGACUGACAUUCAUGUCUUAAAGUAAUGAUGGACUGUCCCCCCCCCCCCCCCUCCCACCUUGUCACAACACAACUGAUUGGCUCAAACGCAUUAAGAAAUAAAGAAAUUCCACAAAUUAACUUUUAAGAAGGCACACCUGUUAAUUGAAAUGCAUUCCAGGUGACUACCUGUUAAGAUAAUUUAUUAACUAACUAUUUCAGUGUCUCUGUGCGUCUCCCAAAAGGUUGUAAGGCUUUUGGAUCAAGAAACAGACAGAGCCUCAGUGCAAUAGCCAGGUCUUUAUUCAGAGAAUUCUGCCCAGAAAAUUCUGUUAUCACAAUUUCAGAGUCCAUCUUUUAUACACACACGUCAUACAGGGGAAAAAGUAUUUGAUCCCCUGCUGAUUUUGUACGUUUGCCCACUGACAAUGAAAUGAUCAAUCUAUAAUUUUAAUGGUAGGUUUAUUUGAACAGUGAGAGACAGAAUAACAACAAAAAAAUCCAGAAAAAUGCAUGUCAAAAAUGUUAUAAAUUGAUUUGCAUUUUAAUGAGGGAAAUAAGUAUUUGACCCCCUCGCAAUCAGAAAGAUUUCUGGCUCCCAGGUGUCUUUUAUACAGGUAACGAGCUGAGAUUAGGAGCACACUCUUAAAGGGAGUGCUCCUAAUCUCAGCUUGUUACCUGUAUAAAAGAAACCUGUCCACAGAAGCAAUCAAUCAAUCAGAUUCCAAACUCUCCACCAUGGCCAAGACCAAAGAGCUCUGCAAGGAUGUCAGGGACAAGAUUGUAGACCUACACAAGGCUGGAAUGGGCUACAAGACCAUCGCCAAGCAGCUUGGUGAGAAGGUGACAACAGUUGGUGCGAUUAUUCGCAAAUGGAAGAAACACAAAAUAACUGUCUAUCUCCCUCGGCCUGGGGCUCCAUGCAAGAUCUCACCUCGUGGAGUUGCAAUGAUCAUGAGAACGGUGAGGAAUCAGCCCAGAACUACACGGGAGGAUCUUGUCAAUGAUCUCAAGGCAGCUGGGACCAUAGUCACCAAGAAAACAAUUGGUAACACACUACGCCGUGAAGGACUGAAAUCCUGCAGCGCCCACAAGGUCCCCUUGCUCAAGAAAGCACAUAUACAUGCCCGUCUGAAGUUUGCCAAUGAACAUCUGAAUGAUUCAGAGGAGAACUGGGUGAAAGUGUUGUGGUCAGAUGAGACCAAAAUCAAGCUCUUUGGCAUCAACUCAACUCGCCGUGUUUGCAGGAGGAGGAAUGCUGCCUAUGACCCCAAGAACACCAUCCCCACUGUCAAACAUGGAGGUGGAAACAUUAUGCUUUGGGGGUGUUUUUCUGCUAAGGGGACAGGACAACUUCACCGCAUCAAAGGGACGAUGGACCGUCAGAUCUUGGGUGAGAACCUCCUUCCCUCAGCCAGGGCAUUGAAAAUGGGUCGUGGAUGGGUAUUCCAGCAUGACAAUGACCCAAAACACACGGCCAAGGCAACAAAGGACUGGCUCAAGAAGAAGCACAUUAAGGUCCUGGAGGGGCCUAGCCAGUCUCCAGACCUUAAUCCCAUAGAAAAUCUGUGGAGGGAGCUGAAGGUUCGAGUUGCCAAACGUCAGCCUCGAAACCUUAAUGACUUGGAGAAGAUCUGCAAAGAGGAGUGGAACAAAAUCCCUCCUGAGAUGUGUGCAAACCUGGUGGCCAACUACAAGAAACGUCUGACCUCUGUGAUUGCCAACAAGGGUUUUGCCACCAAGUACUAAGUAAUGUUUUGCAGAGGGGCCAAAUACUUAUUUCCCUCAUUAAAAUGAAAAUGUAAAAACAUUUCUUACAUGUGUUUUUCUGGAUUUUUUUGUUGUUAUUCUGUUUUUCACUAUUCAAAUAAACCUACCAUUAAAAUUAUAGACUGAUAAUGUCUUUGUCAGUGGGCAAACAUACAAAAUCAGCAGGGGAUAAAAUACUUUUUCCCUCACUGUACAUACACACACACACAUGUUCUUAUUAUAAUCUACUCCCUGCUCGGGCAGGCUGCAUUCCUUAGUUAUCGCCGUCCUCACAAUAUCCUGCAACAUAUUUCAUACUCUCUUCCAAGCCUAACGGUUUCUCUCCUCCCUAAAUUGGGAGGCCUCUUUAUCUUGGUUUCUCAAUUGUCUGUAGACAGUUCUCCUUGUCCUUUGUUGUCUGGUCUAACUCCUACUGGCAUUGCUAAAUACACUGCUCAAAAAAAUAAAGGGAACACUUAAACAACACAAUGUAACUCCAAGUCAAUCACACUUCUGUGAAAUCAAACUGUCCACUUAGGAAGCAACACUGAUUGACAAUAAAUGUCACAUGCUGUUGUGCAAAUGGAAUAGACAACAGGUGGAAAUUAUAGGCAAUUAGCAAGACACCCCCAAUAAAGGACUGGUUUUGCAAGUGGUGACCACAGACCACUUCUCAGUUCCUAUGCUUCCUGGCUGAUGUUUUGGUCACUUUUGAAUGCUGGCGGUGCUUUCACUCUAGUGGUAGCAUGAGACGGAGUCGACAACCCACACAAGUGGGUCAGGUAGUGCAGCUCAUCCAGGAUGGCACAUCAAUGCGAGCUGUGGCAAGAAGGUUUGCUGUGUCUGUCAGUGUAGUGUCCAAAGCAUGGAGGCGCUACCAGGAGACAGGCCAGUACAUCAGGAGACGUGGAGGAGGCUGUAGGAGGGCAACAACCCAGCAGCAGGACUGCUACCUCCGCCUUUGUGCAAGGAGGAGCAGGAGGAGCACUGCCAGAGCCCUGCAAAAUGACCUCCAGCAGGCCGCAAAUGUGCAUGUGUCUGCUCAAACGGUCAGAAACAGACUCCAUGAGGGUGGUAUGAGGGCCCGACGUCCACAGGUGGGGGUUGUGCUUACAGCCCAACACCGUACAGGAUGUUUGGCAUUUGCCAGAGAACACCAAGAUUGGCAAAUUCGCCACUGGCGCCCUGUGCUCUUCACAGAUGAAAGCAGGUUCACACUGAGCACAUGUGACAGACGUGACAGAGUCUGGAGACGCCGUGGAGAACGUUCUGCUGCCUGCAACAUCCUCCAGCAUGACCGGUUUGGCGGUGGGUCAGUCAUGGUGUGGGGUGGCAUUUCUUUGGUGGGCCGCACAGCCCUCCAUGUGCUCGCCAGAGGUAGCCUGACUGCCAUUAGGUACCGAGAUGAGAUCCUCAGACCCCUUGUGAGACCAUAUGCUGGUGCGGUUGGCCCUGGGUUCCUCCUAAUGCAAGACAAUGCUAGACCUCAUGUGGCUGGAGUGUGUCAGCAGUUCCUGCAAGAGGAAGGCAUUGAUGCUAUGGACUGGCCCGCCCGUUCCCCAGAACUGAAUCCAAUUGAGCACAUCUGGGACAUCAUGUCUCGCUCCAUCCACCAACGCCACAUUGCACCACAGACUGUCCAGGAGUUGGCGGAUGCUUUAGUCCAGGUCUGGGAGGAGAUCCCUCAGGAGACCAUCCGCCACCUCAUCAGGAGCAUGCCCAGGCGUUGUAGGGAGGUCAUACAGGCACGUGGAGGCCACACACACUACUGAGCCUCAUUUUGACUUGUUUUAAGGACAUUACAUCAAAGUUGGAUCAGCCUGUAGUGUGGUUUUCCACUUUCAUUUUGAGGGUGACUCCAAAUCCAGACCUCCAUGGGUUGAUCAAUUUGAUUUCCAUUGAUAAUUUUUGUGUGAUUUUGUUGUCAGCACAUUCAACUAUGUAAAGAAAAAAGUAUUUAAUAAGAUUAUUUCAUUAAUUCAGAUCUAGGAUGUGUUAUUUUAGUGUUCCCUUUAUUUUUUUGAGCAGUGUAGUAACACAAUGUCAUAAUCUUAACUUGCCCUACGCUCACACAUUCUAACACAUUUCACACAGUUUCAGGGUGUAAUAAUUUGUCAUUAAUAAUUAGUUUAACUGAGGGUGUGACAUUUUAGUCAUACAGUGGGGAAAAAAAGUAUUUAGUCAGCCACCAAUUGUGCAAGUUCUCCCACUUAAAAAGAUGAGAGAGGCCUGUAAUUUUCAUCAUAGGUACACGUCAACUAUGACAGACAAAAUGAGAUUUUUUUUCUACAGAAAAUCACAUUAUAGGAUUUUUUAUGAAUUUAUUUGCAAAUUAUGGUGGAAAAUAAGUAUUUGGUCAAUAACAAAAGUUUCUCAAUACUUUGUUAUAUACCCUUUGUUGGCAAUGGCACAGGUCAAACGUUUUCUGUAAGUCUUCACAAGGUUUUCACACACUGUUGCUGGUAUUUUGGCCCAUUCCUCCAUGCAUAUCUCCUCUAGAGCAGUGAUGUUUUGGGGCUGUCGCUGGGCAACACAGACUUUCAACUCCCUCCAAAGAUUUUCUAUGGGGUUGAGAUCUGGAGACUGGCUAGGCCACUCCAGGACCUUGAAAUGCUUCUUACGAAGCCACUCCUUCGUUGCCCGGGCAGUGUGUUUGGGAUCAUUGUCAUGCUGAAAGACCCAGCCACGUUUCAUCUUCAAUGCCCUUGCUGAUGGAAGGAGGUUUUCACUCAAAAUCUCACGAUACAUGGCCCCAUUCAUUCUUUCCUUUACACGGAUCAGUCGUCCUGGUGCCUUUGCAGAAAAACAGCCCCAAAGCAUGAUGUUUCCACCCCCAUGCUUCACAGUAGGUAUGGUGUUCUUUGGAUGCAACUCAGCAUUCUUUGUCCUCCAAACACGACGAGUUGAGUUUUUACCAAAAAGUUAUAUUUUGGUUUCAUCUGACCAUAUGACAUUCUCCCAAUCCUCUUCUGGAUCAUCCAAAUGCACUCUAGUAAACUUCAGACGGGCCUGGACAUGUACUGGCUUAAGCAGGGGGACACGUCUGGCACUGCAGGAUUUGAGUCCCUGGCGGCGUAGUGUGUUACUGAUGGUAGUCUUUGUUACUUUGGUCCCAGCUCUCUGCAGGUCAUUCACUAGGUCCCCCCCGUGUGGUUCUGGGAUUUUUGCUCAUCGUUCUUGUGAUCAUUUUGACCCCACGGGGUGAGAUCUUGCGUGGAGCCCCAGAUCGAGGGAGAUUAUCAGUGGUCUUGUAUGUCUUCCAUUUCCUAAUAAUUGCUCCCACAGUUGAUUUCUUCAAACCAAGCUGCUUACCUAUUGCAGAUUCAGUCUUCCCAGCCUGGUGCAGGUCUACAAUUUUGUUUCUGGUGUCCUUUGACAGCUCUUUGGUCUUGGCCAUAGUGGAGUUUGGAGUGUGACUGUUUGAGGUUGUGGACAGGUGUCUUUUAUACUGAUAACAAGUUCAAACAGGUGCCAUUAAUACAGGUAACGAGUGGAGGACAGAGGAGCCUCUUAAAGAAGAAGUUACAGGUCUGUGAGAGCCAGAAAUCUUGCUUGUUUGUAGGUGACCAAAUACUUAUUUUCCACCAUAAUUUGCAAAUAAAUUCAUUAAAAAUCCUACAAUGUGAUUAUCUGGAUUUUCUUUCCUCAAUUUGUCUGUCAUACUUGACGUGUACCUAUGAUGAACAUUACAGGCCUCUCUCAUCUUUUUAAGUGGGAGAACCUGCACAAUUGGUGGCUGACUAAAUACUUUUUUUCCCCACUGUAUCUUACUCACACAUUUCUUUAUCACUACCUCAUGAAGCUGGUUGAGAGAAUGCCAAGAGUGUGCAAAGCUGUCAUCAAGGCAAAGGGUGGCUAUUUGAAGAAUCUCAAAAUUGUAAAAAAUGUUUUAAAAAAAAUUACAAAUAAAGAAAAUCCUUGAAUGAGUAGCUGUGUCCAAACUUUUGACUUUUUGUCAUCAAACAAGAUGAGUAGUCCAAACGAACCGAAAAAGCACUAGCCUAUGUCAAUCUACUAUCCCCCAUAGUACAAAAGUUGACCUAUUCUAUUCUGUGAGAGAAAUAAAUAUUCAAAACAUAGUCUGGGACAGUUGUGGGAUGCGAUAGAUUCCAAAUUAAUACAACCACUAGCAUCAAAAAACCUUUUUUAAGCAAUGAGCCUGACGCAACAGAUCAGAACGUUUCGCUUAAAAUGUUGAUAAACUAUUAGACUAUUUCUUCACAUAAUAUGCGCAGCAAUGCGCACACGGCAGUAGGCUAUAAGCGCGAAUGUUCCAUUAGCAGGAAAACACCAUUUUCAAAUGUAACAGCAAAUGCAAUUAUGAAUGUAAUGCUUUUAUUAUAAAGGUGCAUUUUUAUGGUGGAAAUUAUCUUCCCCAAACUUGAAACUCACGCGCAGCAUAUGUAUUCCAGUUAGACCCGUUGUAAAGCGGAUGAAUGUGCUUAAUUUUAAGAAGUUAUUUGGCCACUUUAGUUGUGAUACAAACCUUAUCAAAACAUAUAGGCCUAUGGGCUAGGCUACAUGACUAUGAUUUGAAAAAGUCACACAAAAAAAGGUAUGCGCUGUUUCUUGACUUAAGCUGGGCAUCAUUCACAAGUGAUAAUAUAUCAUUCACAAGUGAUAGGCUAAUAUUGUCACCCAUCAGACUAUUCUUGAUUUAAUCUUGUCUUUACAUAUACUAAAUAAUAUCUGUGUGAAAUUUGUUUUGAUUUAUCAUGCACCUGUCUAGAAAUGUGCAGAAAAAAAGGAGGAAUCUCUGCACUUAAACAGCGAAUGGAGGACGCUAUUCAUGUGAUUCAUUUUCAUGCCAGCCAGGUAGGCUAUACUCCUGUUGUAAAGAGAGGCAAUGUGCUUAAUAUUAGGAAAUUUGAGAAAUAAAUAUAGUAGGACUAGCCUAUAGAAAGCUGAUGGGAUCCGCCUCUUUUUAAUAGAGCCAUCACUCUGUUUUCUCAUGCAAUUGCAUAGCCUAUAGAAAUGUUGCGCAACAUAAGCUCAUGGGCUCUCAUAAAGUGUUUGAUUAGAUUUUCUAUUAGAUUUUCAUUUAUGUCAGAUUGAUUAGAGGGACAAUAGAGUGCUGAGUACCAAGCAGUUAGCAAGUUUGGUAGGCUACUAAUGACCAUCAGCAGCAUCAGAGCUUGGAGAAGCCUAAUUACCGUGACUCGUGACUGCGGGUGUGGCGGUAAUAUGGUCACCUUAUCAGCCUUAGUCUCACCUACAGUGAGGGAAAAAAGUAUUUGAUCCCCUGCUGAUUUUGUACGUUUGCCCACUGACAAAGAAAUGAUCAGUCUAUAAUUUUAAUGGUAGGUUUAUUUGAACAGUGAGAGACAGAAUAACAACAAACAAAUCCAGAAAAACGCAUGUCAAAAUGUUAUAAAUUGAUUUGCAUUUUAAUGAGGGAAAUAAGUAUUUGACCCCUCUGCAAAACAUGACUUAGUACUUGGUGGCAAAACCCUUGUUGGCAAUCACAGAGGUCAGAUGUUUCUUGUAGUUGGCCACCAGGUUUGCACACAUCUCAGGAGGGAUUUUGUCCCACUCCUCUUUGCAGAUCUUCUCCAAGUCAUUAAGGUUUUGAGGCUGACGUUUGGCAACUCAAACCCUCAGCUCCCUCCACAGAUUUUCUAUGGGAUUAAGGUCUGGAGACUGGCUAGGCCACUCCAGGACCUUAAUGUGCUUCUUCUUGAGCCACUCCUUUGUUGCCUUGGCCGUGUGUUUUGAGUCAUUGUCAUGCUGGAAUACCCAUCCACGACCCAUUUUCAAUGCCCUGGCUGAGGGAAGGAGGUUCUCACCCAAGAUUUGACGGGACAUGGCCCCGUCCAUCGUCCCUUUGAUGUGGUGAAGUUGUCCUGUCCCCUUAGCAGAAAAACACCCCCAAAGCAUAAUGUUUCCACCUCCAUGUUUGACGGUGGGGAUGGUGUUCUUGGGGUCAUAGGCAGCAUUCCUCCUCCUCCAAACACGGCGAGUUGAGUUGAUGCCAAAGAGCUCCAUUUUGGUCUCAUCUGACCACAACACUUUCACCCAGUUGUCCUCUGAAUCAUUCAGAUGUUCAUUGGCAAACUUCAGACGGGCCUGUAUAUGUGCUUUCUUGAGCAGGGGGACCUUGCGGGCGCUGCAGGAUUUCAGUCCUUCACGGCGUAGUGUGUUACCAAUUGUUUUCUUGGUGACUAUAGUCCCAGCUGCCUUGAGAUCAUUGACAAGAUCCUCCCGUGUAGUUCUGGGCUGAUUCCUCACCGUUCUCAUGAUCAUUGCAACUCCACGAGGUGAGAUCUUGCAUGGAGCCCAAGGCCGAGGGAGAUUGACAUUUCCAUUUGCGAAUAAUCGCACCAACUGUUGUCACCUUCUCACCUAGCUGCUUGGCGAUGGUCUUGUAGCCCAUUCCAGCCUUGUGUAGGUUUACAAUCUUGUCCCUGACAUCCUUGGAGAGCUCUUUGGUCUUGGCCAUGGUGGAGAGUUUGGAAUCUGAUUGAUUGAUUGAUUCUGUGGACAGGUGUCUUUUAAACAGGUAACAAGCUGAGAUUAUGAGCACUCCCUUUAAGAGUGUGCUCCUAAUCUCAGCUCGUUACCUGUAUAAAAGACACCUGGGAGCCAGAAAUCUUUCUGAUUGAGAGGGGGUCAAAUACUUAUUUCCCUCAUUAAAAUGCAAAUCAAUUUAUAACAUUUCUGACAUGCGUUUCUCUGGAUUUUUGUUGUUGUUAUUCUGUUUCUCACUGUUCAAAUAAACCUACCAUUAAAAUUAUAGGACUGAUCAUUUCUUUGUCAGUGGGCAAACGUACAAAAUCAGCAGGGGAUCAAAUACUUUUUUCCCUCACUGUAUGAUAAGACAAUCCACAUCCUGAUAUGAUCAGUGAUACACUUUUUACACUACACUGUUUAUUCUGUACUUGUACUUAUAAGGUCAUGUAUUUUUGUCUUUGCAGGUCACAGCAUUUCAAAGAGAGCAUCAGGUUCAUCCAUGAAUGUCGUCUAAAUGGAGGGGCCUGUCUGGUGCACUGGUACGUACACCACCUAACCAUAAACCGCUAACUUUCUGUUGACCGUACCUGACCACUCCUGACUGUGCUCUCCCUGUCCCUGUCCCAUAAUGCAGCCUGGCUGGUGUGUCCCGUAGCACUACCAUGGUGGUGGCCUACCUGAUGACCGUCACCACCUACAGCUGGGAGGAGUGUCUGUCGGCUGUCAAGGCUGUGCGUUCCUUCGUAGGCCCGAACUAUGGCUUCCAACAGCAACUACAGGAGUACCAGAUGAACCAAGUCACAGAGGUAGGUACACACACAUUAAAACACACAAUACACACACACCCUGUAUAGAUAACAUAAUGAUGUCCUCUAACCAAAAAAAUAUAGUCGCUGUGCCCUUGAGCAAGGCACUUAACCCUUAAUGCUCCAGGUACGCUGUACAAUGGCGACCCUGGCCAUGACGCCCACUCCCUGCGGGAGUCUCAGGGGGAGUUGGGAUAUGCAAAAAAAAAACAGGACAAAUAUAAGCACCCCCCAAAUUAUUAUUAUUAUUUUAAAUCUUUACAUUUUCGUCAAUUAGCAGACGCUCUUAUCCAGAGCGACUUACAAAUUGGUGCAUUCACCUUAUGAUAGCCAGUGGGACAACCACUUGACAAAAUUAUUUUUUUUUUGGGGUGGGGUAAGGGUGGAUUACUUUAUCCUAUCCCAGGUAUUCCUUAAAGAGGUGGGGUUUCAAGUGUCUCCGGAAGGUGGUGAGUGACUCCGCUGUCCUGGCGUCGUGAGGGAGCUUGUUCCACCAUUGUGGUGCCAGAGCAGCGAACAGUUUUGACUGGGAUGAGCGGGAACUGUGCUUCCGCAGAGGUAGGGGAGCCAGCAGGCCAGAGGUGGAUGAACACAAUGCCCUUGUUUGGGUGUAGGGACUGAUCAGAGCCUGAAGGUACGGAGGUGCCGUUCCCCUCACAGCUCCGUAGGCAAGCACCAUGGUCUUGUAGCAGAUGCAAGCUUCAACUGGAAGCCAGUGGAGUGUGCGGAAAAGCGGGGUGACGUGAGAGAACUUGGGAAGGUUGAACACCAGACGGGCUGCGGCGUUCUGGAUGAGUUGUAGGGGUUUAAUGGCACAGCUUCCCGCAAUUCAAUUACUCGGGGGCAAAAAAACACCAUGUAACACAGCUCAGGCGUAAUAUUUAGACUUGCAUAGUUCAGGCCUAUCAACGGUAAACAAUUUCAAUGAGUAAGAAGAAUGCCGGUUAAGGCCCACCUUUUCUCUAACACCCACUCGGAAGCCAAACUGUUAGCUUACUCCCACUCAAAGUACAGAGUCACAGGAAUGUGUCAUCAUCCAGCUGCCAUCAGUUAAUGAUGCAACUGUAUUUUACAAGGCCAUGCCACUCCUGCCCUGUCAGGUUCAUACUUUUGGUUUACUUUCACUUCUGUGGAUGGAGGUGGGUCUCUGACAGUAAACCUGGAGCUCAUCCUUCCUGGUUGCCUGUCUCAACUUUAUAUGACAUACCAGGGAUCAUCCUAAACUCAUCAUGCUGCCCAUUGGUCAUCUGGGAGAUGAUCUCUGUGAUGGCUGAUGGCUUUGUCAGGACUUGCUGUUAUGCCUGAGGUGGUUUAUGAACCCUCAAUGUAUUUAGGCCAACAGAAGACAACAAGAUCCUGUGUAAACUGUUUCUAUGUGACUUUCGUCUGGGCCACCAGAAAUACAUAAGUUAUUUAAUUAGAAGUGCCAUUAUCAUGCAUAUUAACCGUGACUUCACCCUCCUCCACUCUCAUUUCACUAGACCUACACUAAAGUGUUUGCUGGUUUCAAAGUGAGUGUCUGUGUUGUCAGUUUAUUUAUAGCCAUCUGCAUAUUAUUCACACAUUCAAGAUGUAGUGGGGUGAGAAAAUGGCUUUCCUGUUAUGGGGCAGCUAUUUCCACAUACAUCAGACUUCAUACCUGUGAAAAGAUGUGUGACAUGCACACGCACGCGCACACACACACACACAAACGUUUCUAGACCAUGCUGCAAAGAGAGCUGUGCAUGGAGGUGGCUGAGAAGGGCUUUGAGUCUCUAGCUGGUGAGAUGCACCCAGCCAGUGGUACUCAGUACGUGUUUGUAGUAUACAGAAGGGGAACUGGAGGGGCUUGCUGAAAUUGCAUUAGCCUGCUACUGGCCAUCACGUGACUGUAAUUACUGUCAGAGGCUUGCAACAUGUCUUCACCAAAGAAUAAAAAAAUAUUUGUUAUUUUCUUAUUGUUUGGGUGAUUUGCCAGUGAUUUUGAGGGUCAAAGGGGAAAUGGGAUUUCUUUCUUCAUGCUUUUCCCAUGACUGUGUCUUAGAGAGAAAUUGCUCUUGUCAUCCCAAUAGUUUGAUCUAUAGUGUUAUACUGUAUAUAGGGUUGGUGAUCAAUUGUAUCUUUUUUUCAUUUCACGACACUGAUACAACUAAGUUAGUAUGUCUGUUGUUAAAAAUGAUUAUAAAUGCAUUAUUACGUAGAAGUUGACUUUACUUAAAAUGGGUGUUUUGUUGAGUGUAAGUUAAGGUUCAGGGUGAUAGUGUCUUAGGGGUUGUGUCCAGGUCACUGUGCCUCAGUUUUGACUUUGACUUACUUUGAAUGGAUUCAAAGCAGAGAGACGUUUUCAAGCAAACAAAACUGAAAUGGACAUCAUUUGUUCCAAUUUUGAGUAAUCCUUUUCUCAUGAAUUGAUGAUCCGGAUGUGAAAACUGGUAAAGGGAUGGUGGAGAGUCUGACUCAAAGCUGGGUUUGGGACUCAAGUCCCCCGUCUGUCCUUAUCAUGUGUUGUCUAACUGUUCAUUGUACCUUCCUUGGUGUGUAUUUUUGUAACACAGUGCAUAUUCUUGUAAAGAGGUUUGAGUAUGUUGUAUGGCUGGUUAUGGAUGGUGGUAAUGUGUGGGAGUCGCUGUGACACCUGACGGUUGUGUGGGAGGAAACAUACGUCACUGCGACACACCUGAACACAACUCUUCUCUAUUACCAGAAUGGGACUUUCUUGGUUCAUCUGGAACUCCUGAAUUUAUGAUAGGAAGUCUGUAACACUAUUUUGUAUAUAACAUUACAAUUAUACUGUAUAUCAUGAUUACCCAUCUAAUGUAAAUAAUGUACCACUAGUUUGUUUACCUAUAAUUUAUUACAGUCGUGUAUAGGUUAUUUAUAAGUAAAUCCCCAAAUAAGUACACCUUACAAUAUUUUGUUGAACUAUUCACAUUGGUGGCUAUGCAUUGAAACUAGUAGCCACCCACCACUCCAUCCAAGACAUGUCUACCAGAAGCAUGUGAUGUGCUGUUCCAUUGUUGUAAAUGUCAGCCAUGUCUUCCCAUAGCAAGCGUGAGAACUACACUGAUCAAUCCCUCUGUCCUGUGUGGAAGUCUGACCCAAAAUAACUUAAACUGCACUUCUCUUUCUAUACUCGGCCGGUCUUCAAAUGACAUCCAUGUUUGUUGUGUUCUGUGAAGGGUAGCAAUGUUCAUGUCAGAACAAUAAUAUGUCGAACUGUGUGGUUGUUUUGAUCUCUCACUGCAUUUCCAAAAUGUUUAUAAAUGAUGUCUAUACUGUAGGUCCAGUGGUGUGGAACAUAUCUAAACUGCAUAACCUAUAUUAGUGAAAACACAGGUGCCAAAAGAAUGUGACAACUGAAUCGAAAAGAAACUGAAUGGUUAGGUUCAUUAGACUCACACUAGUGUGAACAUUUUAUUUGUCUCCUUAUAAUCCACAGUUCCCUCUUUGUAUUAAUAUUGCGUUACUGAAAUGCACAAAACAGUGAAUACUUUUGAACAUAAUUCCAAAUAUUACUUUCAGAGACACUUUCAGUUCGUCCUAUUUCGCAAAGUAUAUGGUGUUACACAACAAAUUAUUAGAUGGUUAUUUCCUGGAUUCCCUCCAGAAACCGCAAAUCUGGAUGCUCUGUUGGACCUAAAUGGUUAGAGCUUUACUGGAAGGGCAAGAUGGAGCAUGUCCCACAGGCCGUGGUACCACUCUGAUAAAAGGAGGGCUGGGUAAUGUUCAAUUAACAUAGUGUGUGUCACACUUACAGAAUCACCAGGACUGACAUAGAAAUAGAACACAUGAAUAAAAGGAAUAAAAAAACAAUAUCGGUCAAAUACAAUUUCUUGUGUAAAGUGUACUUUUCUACAUGCUUCAAUGGAAUUGGGUGACAUCACUUGAACAGUCACUACAAUCUAGGCUGGCCCUAGAUCUGUUUGUGCUUGAGAGCCCCGUACCUACUGUGUGAGCAGGAAUGUCAGAGGAGGAGUGACGGAAGUGGAGGCAGGUUCCUGUUAAAGUUCUGAUUCAGAGCUAGCUCUCCCCACCCCCUCCUCAGCUCUCACUGGUCCCUAUGUAGGCCCACUGACCGCUGGGCUAAAGACCUGGGACUUCUGCCAGGGGUUUCCCACCCAACCCCUGCUGCCUCCCCGAGGCCCUCUAACCAGGACUAAUCCCUGUGUACCGCUAAACCCAGAAAACACAGACACUGGGCCAUUUUAGAGGACAUUGUCUGUGCAAGGAUAUGAUACUAACACUCCUCACAGAAGGUCACAUCUUGUCUUGAGAUCAGCAUGUGUAACUUACAUUUUCACAAGUUACCAAUGCAAUGACAUCAAUGUAUGAUUUACAUGCACAGAACUCAAGUUGGGAUCAAGCCCAGAAGCAAUGUUGUUAAAGCCAAAGUGAGUGUGUUUUUUCUCUUUACCGUUGCCGUGGUCAGAGAGUUCUGACCCAACAGUGUCACAGCUGUUGGACCUCUUAUGGCUCUCUGAGCUGCUGAGGAAAGUCCCUCGUUUUCAGGAAUGUCUGCCGUCCGUUUGCCAACCACACACAGAGAUUGAUCUAGAGAUAGAUUUCUUAGAUUGUAGCUGCCUCUAUCUACAUCUAUCACCAUCUACUGGGAAGGAAAAGAAACCAAGAGAAAGUGUGGUAAACUACACCACAAUGGAAAAAUAACUUCUCACCCACACAGUCUCCUCUGAUACCAGCACACUCUGCUCUCACAUCCCACCCUUGGAGGACCAUAGAACACUAAUUGAGCUGAGCUGAGCUGAACUGAAUUGAAUUACUUAAUUCCAUCAAACAUGGUAUUUUCUGUCUGUCUUGUUUCCAGUACAGGGCAUGGCUGCGGGCCAGUUUCCGCCCCAGUCCCUUUAAGGACCAGGAGCAGGUGGGAGCCCUGCUGAACCAGUACAUAGAGCAGCAGCAGCAGGAGAACCAGAGAAGAGGAGGGGACCACGGCUGGAUGAACCAGGCCUCCAGUGUCUACCCUCUACCCUACAACGCCUACAACGGCUCUGGGGGCAACAGAUGA